AUGAGGCUGCUUCAACUGGCUCUCUAUGCGGCGUCUGCCAUCGGCGUCGCGGCGGAGACGACCACUGAACCGACAACCUUUGGCGGCAUUUCUGUCCCUCCCCUGCCGGAGUUUUCCCCGACAACAUGGGGAACCGACGUCAACAAGACCAAGUUCACGGUGGUCAAGCACUACAGUCCCUAUUGCCACCACUGCAUAUCUUUUGCGCCCGUAUAUCAGACCCUUUACGAGUUCUACCAUACCAUGAAGCCUGGACCCAAGGGUGACGAGGCAGGCACCGUUGCCGAACGCCAUAGUUUGCAAUUCGCUACGCUGAACUGUGUUGCCCACAGCGACUUUUGCGUUGAGCACGAGGUCAAUGCCUGGCCCCAGACUGUGCUCUUCAAGGACGGACAGAAGGUCAAAUCUCUUACUGGCCAGCGGACCAUUGCCGAGAUGAGCGAAGUGAUCGAAAAGGCGCUUGAGGAGGACAAGCCCGGCUCUCGCCCCGCGGAUCUUGCGCUGCCCGAGCCUGGCGCUACAGAGGCCCCAAAGCCUGUCAAGAAGACUUCGGUCGUUGCCAAAACCUCCAAGAAGAUCCCCGACAACUACAACCUCGACGGUGUCUCUGUUUCUCUGACGGCCGAGUCGUUCCAAAAGCACGUUACACUCACGCACGACCCCUGGUUCAUCAAGUUCUAUGCCCCUUGGUGCUCUCACUGCCAGGCUUUGAAGCCAACCUGGGAGCAGCUCGCCAAAUCUAUGCGUGGAAAGCUCAACAUUGGCGAGGUCGACUGUGUCAAGGAGAAGCGCCUAUGCAAGGAUGUUCACGUCAAGGGCUUUCCCACCAUCCUUUUCUUCAAGGGAGGUGAGAGAGUCGAGUACAAUGGUCUCCGCGGCAUCGGUGAUUUCACCAAGUACGCCGACAGUGCCAUUGAUCUUGCCAGCGGUGUUCCUGAUGUCGACGCCAAAGGCUUUGAGGAGCUCGAGAAGACCGAAGAAGUCAUCUUUGUCUACUUUUAUGACCAUGCGGCCGUCUCCGAGGAUUUUGCCGCCCUCGAGAGAGUUCCACUGAGCCUCAUUGGCCAUGCCAAGCUCGUCAAGACGAACGAUCCGGAGCUCUACAAGCGCUUCAAGAUAACCACUUGGCCAAGACUGAUAGUCUCUCGCGAGGGUCGCCCGACCUACUACACACCUUUCACGCCCAAUGAAAUGCGCGAUGUUCGCCGUAUUCUGGAUUGGAUGAAGUCGGUUUGGCUCCCGCUCGUACCUGAGCUGACUGCCACCAAUGCUCGCCAGAUCAUGGAGAAUAAGCUCGUCGUCCUCGGAAUUCUCGAGAGAAAGGAAGGCGACCAGGAGACUAUCCAGGGUUCGCUCCGUGAGAUGAAGAGCGCCGCCAAUGAGUGGAUGGAUCGUCAGAUUCAGGAAUUCCAGCUCGAACGCAAGAAGCUUCGAGAUGCCAAGCAAAUGAGAAUCGAGGAAGCCGAAGACCGCAAUGACGAGCGUGCCCUCCGAAGUGCCAAGUCGAUUCGCAUCAACAUGGACAACUCGAACCGUAAAGAGGUUGCCUUUGCUUGGGUGGAUGGCAUUUUCUGGCAGCGUUGGCUCCGCACCACGUACGGCAUCGAUGUUAAGGACAAGGAUGGCGAGCGUAUCAUUAUCAACGACGAGGGCCGCCGCAAGUACUGGGAUACCACCGUCACGGGCAACCACAUCCUCGUCAGCCGCACGUCCAUCAUGGAGACUCUCGACAAGAUUGUCUACGGGCCCCACGGUGCCAUCAAACCCAAGCUGACCGUCUCCUUUAUCGAGAAGAUUUUCUUUGACAUCCGCGUCACCUUUAGAGACCACCCGAUCCUGUCCCUGCUCAGCGUCUGCGGCAUCGCCUACGGCGCCUUUACGUUUUUGCGUGCUCGCAAGGGUCGCCGCGGCGGCCACUUUCGCCUCGACGACUCCAUGGGUGGCGGCAUCAAGGACUUCAAGGAUGGUCUGCUGGGUGGCGGCGUCAACGGCAACACCAAGGCCGACUGA